AUGGUUCAAGCUAAUAGAGAAGUCAUUAAUCAUGUGAACCUAAUUGUGGGUACGGCGGUAACAAGGAUGAGAGACUUCACUAGGAUGAAUCUCCCGGAGUUUCAUGGGUUGAAAGUUGAGGAAGAUCCUCAAGAGUUUGAGGAAAUCCACAAGAUAGUGGAGAUUAUGAGAUUUACACCACUGGAAAAGUUCAGUCAAUGGAAAGAAGAGAGGGCAAUUGAUGCAAGUCCUCUUGAUUGUGAGAAAUUCAAAGGGAAUUUUCUUGAACAUUUCUUUUCCCUUGAGAUGAGGGAAGUAAAGUUCAACAAAUAUAAGGUGUCUAACCUUAAGCCUCAAGGAGGUGGUGGUAGUGGAUCUUUUGUUCCCGUUUGCCAAAAGUGUGGCAAGAGUCACUCUGGAAAAUGCUUAGCCGGUAUGGAUAUUUGUUAUGGUUGUGGAAAGAGUUGUCACAAGGUGAAGGAUUGUCCUUUGCAAGCUAGAAAGAGCAAGGAUGGUAGGCAAGCUCAGUCUAGUUAUUCUGGUUCAGGUGGUAAUCCUCGUCAGAACAGGUUCUAUACUCUUCAGACUCGACAUGAUCAUACUAAUUUUCCGAAUGUUGUGACCAGCAUGUUGAAAGUCUUUCAUUUUGAUAUAUAUGAUUUGUUUGAUGUAGGUGUUGUAUUGUCUUUUGUGACUCCAUAUGUGGCUAUGAGAUUUGAUGUUUGUCCUGAUAUUCUUUUAAAACCUUUUUUAGUCUCUACACUAGUUGGUGACUCUGUUGUUGCUAAACGACUCUAUAGGAAUUUUCCCGUUUCAUUUCUCAGAGUCACUCAUAUUGAUCUUGUAGAACUUGACAUGCCAGAUUUUAAUGUUAUUCCUAGGAUGGAUUGA